AUGUCUACCCAAGACGACAUCGGCAUCGGCUGCGCGGCCUAUAGGGCUGAUAUCACCACAUCCUAUGGAUACGUCCCCUCCAAGGGUGCAGGCAUAGCAUUCUGUGUUUUGUUUGGUGUGUCAAUGGUUGCCCACAUUGUCCAAUUCUCCCUGAAACGAACAUGGUGGGCAAGCGUCUUCGCGGUUGGCUGUGCAACUGAACUACUAGGUUGGGCUGCCCGUACCUGGAGCUCCGACUGCCCCUACAACUCAACCGCCUUCUUGAUGCAAAUCUCCACCCUCAUCAUCGCCCCAACUUUCUUCACAGCUGGCAUCUACGUAAUCCUUGGUCGUCUCAUCCAACACUUCGGCCGCGAGAGCUCUAUCCUCUCCCCGAAACUCUACCUCUGGAUCUUCUGCACCUGCGACGUGAUCUCCCUCGUCAUCCAAGCCGCCGGCGGCGGCCUCGCCUCCGCCGAGACCGACUCCACCCCCGGCACCCACACGAUGGUCGCGGGCAUCGUCUUCCAGCUCGCUUCGCUGACCGCCUUCGUGCUCUGCGCAGUCGAUUUCCUGCGCCGCGCGACUCGGCUCGGGUUGCUCAAGCUGAUGGCUCGCGGGCCCUUGGCGAUGUUGUUGGGGGCAAUGGUGCUUUCGACCGUGGUGAUUUAUAUCCGGAGUGUGUAUCGGACUGUCGAGCUCGCGCAGGGCUGGCAUGGGUAUCUGAUUACGCACGAGUCGUAUUUUGUGGGGCUGGACGGGGUGCUGAUGGUUAUUGCGGUGGGCGUGUUCAAUAUCUGUCAUCCCGGGUGGUUGUUGCCCGCUGGCGGGGAUGGUCAGCGUCACGGGGCUUCCGUGGAGGUGAAAAUGUUGAAUGAUCCUGAGGCGAGGUAA